CUAAUCAAAACUCGCUUGUUGACCAGUCGGGCCUGACCACUAGUGCAGUGCUACAGCUAAUUCCUAAGAAUGGUUCACAUCUGGGAGAACCUCCUGUGCACCACCAUUCGACAAUAGAAACAUUUUCUGAUAUCGACGCCUCAUUAAACAAUAAAUUAUAACUGUGGACACUACUCGUAUUACUGUACACGCUGCCACACAAAUUUUGGGAGAUGUUUAAUAAAGGUUUCCAGUCUUUCUUGGCAAGAUGUCCCUUUAGCCAACUUUCAGAUUAACGUUGGCAGGGCUUACUGAAGUUGCUCUAUAGACGUCCAUGGCUAGAAAAUGUCUUGACGAAGACAGCUACUAGAACUUUGAAUUAGGUGGUGAAGACAUCUUUUAGACAUCAAUUAGCUGCUCCUGUGUUUCAUGGGUAUAGUUUUUAUAGUUUCUCGCUGUCCAGGACAAAACCAGGAAAUCAGACAAUGGAAGGAAGAAACCAACGCUAAUUCUGCAUGAACUCGAUAUCCGCCUGGGCCAUAAUAAUUGUUCACUGUUGUUUUCACGCUACAUUUCCGUAAGAAGUGGAGGAGGAAAUAUGAAAAGCUGUGCAGGAUCAUCACCAUGAUCAUAAUCGUCAUCACCAGAAGAAGAAGAUCCCCUCGAAUGAGAUGCCUGUGUCGAAGGAAAGUCGGCCUUCCGUUUCUGUACCGCCAGCGUCAGCACCAAAGAAGACCGUCGUGCUAUCUGACCGGUACGAAGAAAAGCCCCCCUUCGGAACGGGCGCCUUCCAGUUCUACAUCAUAAUGACCCUGUCCAUCGCGGUGGGCACCUUCGCGCUACACUCCAACAGCUUCAAGCUGACGGCCGCCGUCAUGGACCACUGGUGCAGGCGGCCCGCUCUCUUCGAGAACCUCAGCGUGGCCGAGUGGAAAGAGCUCGCCAUUCCCGUGGACGAGCGCGGAAAGCGCAGCCGCUGCACCGUUCGCGACCCGCCUGGCGCCGGGAGCGCGGCUCGCAUCGUGCGCUGCACGUCGUGGGAGUUCGACCUUAGCGCGCACGGCCACAACAUCGUGAGCCAGUGGAGCCUCGUGUGCGACCGGCGCUGGCUGAUCGCGGUUGCGUGGCUCGUACACUCGGUCGCUUGCAUGGCCUCACUGGCCUUGGCGGGCGCGCUGGGAGACUACAUCGGUCGCCGGAUCGUCGUGUUUAUCGCCUUGCCGGCGAUGCUCAUAGCGGGCGUAGCGAGCAGCAUCCCCAACGACUUCCACUCGUUCGUGGCCCUGCGCUCCGUCGUGUCGGCGGCCAUCAGCGCCCUGGUGCCGCCGCUGGUCGCUCUCGUGUACGAAGUGACACCCAUGGAGAAGAUGCCGGUGUACAGCGUGGCGAGUGCAGCGCUGCUGGUGGUCGCGUCGCCUGUCGCGCUGUUCGUCACGCGUUUCUUCAAGGCCGGCUGGGCGGCGGUGCAGCUCGUGCUGAUGGCGCCCGCGUGCCUCCUGCUCGCCACAUACUACACCGUGGACGAGUCGCCGGCCUGGCUGUUGGAGAUCGGCGAGGCAAAGGAAGCCGAGCGAGUCAUGUUGCGCGCGGCCGCCUUGAACCACGUGCCUCUGGAGGUGACAGACGACUUGAUCGCGCAGUACGAGCAGUGGAUCGUCGGCCAGCAUCCCCGCCAAAGAGCCGAAUACCGCGGUGCGUGCAGCGCCAGGUUCAGGGCGCGCGCCACUCUGCUCGCGUGCAUGUGGACGGCUCUGGGCUACUCGUACGGCACGUGCGUCUCGAGCGACAGCGUCCACGCCAGUGACAUCGCCAACCUGCUGAGUCACCUCCUCUCUGGCGUCGCCUGCGUCCUGGCCGUUCCUAGCGUACAUCAAUACGGCUUCAGGCGCGUGGUGCUCGUCUCGGCGUUUGCCUUCAGCGUGUCGUCGGCGCUCCUGCUGGCUAUCGAUGGAGGCGACGAGGACUCGUUGCUUCUCGACACUCUCCUGCUCAUGUUGCGCGUGGCGGGCAACGUGGUCAUUACGUUCUUCUUCGCCCUGGCUAUCAGGUCGUAUCCAGUCAUUGCGCACUGCAGGGCCGUCGGCACGGGGCUCGCCUGGUCCCUCCUCGGCGGUAUCAUGGGAGGUAUAGGCCCUGCCUUGGGCAGCGGGCUCAGCACCGACCUGCGGCUCUCCGUGACGGCCGUGCUGAUGGCGACCUUUGCAGUCGGGGUAGCGUUCCUGCCGAGUGAAGUGGACUGGAGGAGCCAGGCCUGCUCGACAGCUUACAGCAGGUCCAGCAUUCCAUCCGCUGGAGAGCUGAGGCGCACCCUGCUUGAGUCCCUGGUGCCACUGCCCAAGGAGCCUGUCAAGCGGCGUGGUGCGCAGCCACGCCCGAGGAGCCUCUCCUUGCCAGAACAGUACUCCUUGCGCCUAGCAGAAGCGUCGAAGUCCAUCAGUGGCGAUUAGAGGACGCACCGGCUACCUUCCUAACCGUGCUGCCAUCUGGCAUGGUUUUUAUUGCUCACUCUCCUUAAAAAAUUUGAUAUAAUGCUUUGAAACAUGCUGCUGGUAAAUGCCUAAUAUUUUGCUUGCCCUAUGACGAACAUUCUCAUUUUACCAAAUUUAUUGGUUUAUCGUUGCUGUCGUGUUAAUUUAAAGCUACAAGUUAUUUGCCUUUAAGGCUGUAAGGUGGACUCCGCGCUGCAAGCCAAGAACUCUCGUUCCCGGCACGUAUGGCGGGGUUUACACGUUUCAAUGCGUGGGUUCUUUUACAUUUUAUUGCAGUGUGACAUACAGACGAGGCACACCUUGUGGAACUUAGCAUCCUUAAACGAUGAAGUCGGGAUGCGAAUGCAGGGCACAAGCAGGAUAUGACUUAUUUUGAUCUCGUUGCUUCAGCAACAGUGAAAGAACUCUGUGCAUUCAAUUUCAAGACAGUACACUGCAUGCAACCCGUCAGUUUAUUUUUUUUUCGUAUAGCUGACCAUGAACUUAGGUGGUAACUAUUGUUUAGAGGGAUACAAAAAAGUUUCGUUCUCUAUAAUUCA